AUGUCCGGUGAAGCGUGGCUUUAUCUCUUGGCGGUGUUGAUUAACGCCGUCAACCUGUUCUUGCAGGUGUUCUUCACCAUCAUGUACAGCGAUCUGGAAUGUGACUACAUCAACCCCAUUGACCUCUGCAACCGCCUCAAUGCCUACAUCAUUCCUGAAGCCGCUGUUCACGCCUUCCUGACCUUCUUGUUCGUUAUCAACGGCUACUGGCUUGCGAUUGUGCUGAACCUGCCUCUGUUGGCGUUCAAUGCAAAGAAGAUCUUCGACAACCAGCACUUGUUGGAUGCGACCGAGAUCUUCCGCAAGUUGAAUGUCCACAAGAAGGAAUCCUUUAUCAAGUUGGGCUUCCACCUCUUGAUGUUCUUCUUCUACCUCUACAGCAUGAUCGUCGCUCUGAUCCGCGAUGAAUCUCACUGA